AGCAUGGCUUUGUGGCUCCAGAGUACCUCUCUGCUGUUGCUGCUGGCUCUGAAUUGGUCAGGCUCCCAAGCAGUGACUCCCCCACAACACCUGUGCGGCUCCCAUCUGGUGGAUGCACUGUACCUGGUCUGUGGAGAGCGGGGCUUCUUCUACAACCCAAAGAGAGACGUGGACCCCCUACUCGGUUUCCUUCCUUCAAAGGUGGGUGGAGCAACAGCUACCGGCGGGGAGAAUGAGGUGGCUGAGUUUGCCUUCAAGGACCAGAUGGAGAUGAUGGUGAAAAGGGGUAUCGUGGAGCAGUGCUGCCACAAGCCCUGCAACAUCUUUGACCUCCAGAACUACUGCAACUGAAGCGUGUUGAUACCAACACUACGCUUGACCAUGGCUUGUUCAGCCUGGUCUAGCCAAGCUUUGCUUAGUCCCUUGGCAAACAAGCUUAGCUUCUUGUUUAGCCAAGCCUGCUCCCCUUAGUUCUCUUUUUCAAAAAGCAAGAGAGUUGAGGGGCUGCU